AUGGAUCGGGUCGACCAGAGUGAUACCACGGCCUCACAGAAAACCGACGUGAAGCAACCACAGCGUUGUGUUUCGCCUUGUAAGUCCUUCCCCUCCCCCCCCCCAAAAGGUCGGCUACGCACUCGUGACUCCUCUGUUGCCAUGUGUCGGUGUCCAUGGGCGGUGCUGAUUGCUUACCAUCAGGGCGAUGGUGGCGCCCCCUUAGCCUGUCAGUUCGGCAACAACAGAUACAAGCUGACUGGUCUAGUAGCGUGGGGGAUUGGAUGUGGGCAGCAGGAUGUCCCCGCAGUAUACGCCAAUGUCCCAAAGUUCAGGAGUUGGGUCGACCUCAAGUUGAGAAUGUGGGGCUUUGCAGCGACAUCUUACAGCAAUAUAAAGCAUUAA